GAGCACUGGAAGGCCAGACCAAUCCGACCUCGAGUUGGGUAUAAAAGCUGAACAGCCACUCUCCUGAGGCAUCAUCAUCCUCCCUCUCCCGUGCCACCAACACCACACCUCCUCCACUCCUGCAGCCAUGAAGCUCAUCAUCUUCGCCUGCCUGGCCGCCCUCGCCGUCGCUGCUCCCCAGUUCCAGGAGGAGUUCAGGCCCGACUACCGCCCCAUCGCCAUCCUGAGGGACGAGCGCGAGGACUACGGCGAUGGCAACUUCCGCUACGAAUUCGAGACCGAGAACGGCAUCCUGACGAACGCCGUGGGCACUCCAGGCUCCCAGGGACAGAGCAACAUCCAGGGAUUCUUCAGGUUCCCUCUGGAUGACGGCUCCAUCGCUGAAGUCCAAUACGUGGCUGAUGAGUUGGGAUACCAGCCCGUCUCCAACCUGAUCCCCACGCCCCACCCCCUCCCCGCCCACGCCAUCGAGCAGAUCCGCUUCGCCGAGGAGCUGCGCGCACAAGGAGCCACCUGGGACCAGUACGGCUUCAGGUUGACUCGUUGAUCGCGCACACUACAGUAGAUGCAUUACACUUUUUAUAUUAGCGACGAUACAAGGACACUUUUCUAGCGACGGCUCUGUUUUUACCCGUGUACCGUCCAGGAUGACGGCGACGGAGGCAGUACAUGCAAUGCUUCACCCACCACUACGUCACAUCACCACGCCACAUCACAUACUCCCACACUGCCACACCACCACCUGGUCCACACGCGGCGUCGUCCUCACGGGGUUCAUUGUGAGGGAAGGUGAGGGCGCUGGGUCACUCCGGCAAGGGUUACGUCCCCGCCGCUGGCCGGACUGUACGUACGCCCAAAACAAGACGAUUCAACUCUUCCCUUCCACCCACACCCACACCCACACGCACAUAUACACCUACACACAGGGUAUAUUUAUUCCAUGCUAAGCAGUUGCAAUAAAAUUAUUUUGAUGUAC